AUGCGGCAGCUGCUGCUCCUGGUCCUCCUCUUCCUCCUCUCUUUUCUCUUCCUCCUCACCGGGGGCUCAUUUUACCAGGGAGGAACCAAAGAGUUGACGUCCCCCGGUGCCCAGCCUCGCGGGCGUGGGGGGGUGGGGCCGCAGGUGGGGGAGGGGCCAGCAGGGGAAGCCCGGGGGGCGGGGGCCGCGGUGGAGCCGGGCGGGGCCGUCUCCCAACAGGGCACCGGGGAGAUCUGCAUCCAGAGCAAGAAGUGCAAGAGCAGAUGCUGCCGCCGGGAGCCCAAGAACUGCGAGUCGUACUGCGCCCUCAAGGGGUCGGAGGGCAGCGCGUGUCACACGCAGACGUUCCUCGGCCUAUAUAACGAGUGUCCCUGCCUGCCGGACCUGACUUGUGUAUUUCCGAAGAAUGAGAAAUCGUUUAGAAUUAUCUACGGCCGGUGUAAGAAAACUGAAAAAAAGAAGCCAGCUAAGAAAAGUUUCUUUUAA